AUGGCUGCCGUCCGGCUCCGUGAAUUCAUUGACCGCCGCCCAGUGAUCCCACCCAGUAUAUUCAUUGCUCGUCAAGGACAAGACCUCCGAGGCUAUCACCCUGGGCAGCUGGCAAGAGUCCAUCGUGAUUAUAGUGUGAGAAGGUCUCCCAGACCUCUCAUAGACUUGGCAAUUCCACCCAAGAGAACAAGUCAGUAUCAACCUCAACUAGAUCAACAAACUCUCAUUCGAUAUAUUUGUUUUCAAAGACAUUCAAAGCCUGUUGAACCAUGGUAUAAAGAAACCACGUACCAAAGAGACUAUUCUCUGCCCUUUUACAAGAUGGAUUGGGACCAGAAAUUAGCCACAGUUUCAUCGAACCCUAGACCGCUUAAUUCACUGCCUGAGCUCUACUGUUGUGAAGAGAGGAAGCUCUGA